AAAUCCUCGAAAGUGGCGAUUGCGUACGCCCCCCUCUUUGCAUAAGAAAUGAUGGCUUCCUGUAGUGUUUUGUAGAAUGUAUCGGUAACACAGUUCAUUCCUUAGUGUGAGGUUUGUAUGCUAUAUUUCUUCGACCGGAUUCUACCGAUGUAGUUGUGUUGUUAUCUGAGACAGACCAUUACGAUGGUGGCACUACGGGCGGCGCUGGGUGAAAUCUGUGUUGGGUGGAACAACCAAGCUGACAGAGGUUCUCCAAGUGACAGAGGAGAGGUUGUACUAACUGCGACCUGUCAACGAUGGGGAAAGAGUGUGAGAGGGUUUGGGGAGCGAGGAUGAAGAUAGUGAUGUGUGACAAACUGGAUGUGACUGCUUUGCCCAGGAUUCUGGAAAUGCAAAACAGAGCACAAAAUGAUAGCAUAGAAACUCUGAAUGUCUUAGAAAAUCGUGAUGAUGUCGAUACGUUAAAGGCACAGGUGAAGGAAAAGUUGAUAUUUGAUACCAGAACAAACCCAACUAAUGCUGCACUUGUCCACAUGGCUCCCUCUGCAGUUGAAGGAAAUGGAUUAGUGGAUAAGGCCGACACAUGUAGCAUGGCUGUUGAUUCAGAACUUGUGGUUAAUGGACAUAAAUCAAAUACUGAGUUGGUAUAUAAUGAGCAUAAUGGCUGUGAAGACAAUAUGUAUAAUGGUAAAUCUUCUGUGAUUGACAGUGAUGUUGAAAACACUGCAUCAACAAAUGGCUCUACUGUGAGGCAUGGUCGAAGCCAGCAUUAUAAUUAUGAUCAUUCCAGCGGGACUGUUGUAUCCUCAUCCAUAGUUGAUCGAGAUACUUCAGGCUCAGAGAUACCAGUAUGCUCGAAUGACCGGAAUCAAACACAGGAUGUGUCGGUGAAUGUGAACACACCUGAUAAUAACCGACUGUCCAGGGUACUUGAAAAUAUCCCCCUUGUCUAUAUACCGACCACCAAACAACUUGGCCUUAUGGGAGACACAUCUCAUUUAUGUCAACAGUCUGUUAAAAGUGACUCUGGCAAUAUCCCCAGCUCAUCUUGUAAAAAUGCUAUAGACUCAGUAGGUGUUGACGAACACAAAGUUUAUCGUUAUUGUGAGAGUGUUAGCAUUAAUGAGGACGAGCAGGACUCUGGGUCAGCAUAUAGACAAUCAGAUGGGGAGGUGGCUGGCGUCAGCCAGAUCAGGACAGAAUUAUGUUCAGACACUGACCAGAAAACUGAUAAAGCUGAUGCAGCUUCAUUUACCAGUGUUUCCAGCAUAAGUACGGGUACAGAAGUUUCAUUAUCUACUGCUUCUGCUCUUGACGAAACUAUAGAUUUAAAAAAUGUUCCAGCAGACGGGGAAGACUCUGAAUUUAUGGAAAUAAAUUUACACUCUAGAAACUCCUAUGAACCAACAAGGUCUCAGGUGCUGGAAGAGACACUAGAUGAUAAAGGUGCACGGCCCAAGAAGAAAAGUCUUUCUGGAUUUCUCUCAAGAAACUUGUUUUCACGGAAGCCCAAAGAUGUGAAUGCUGCAUAUCAGAGCGCUCCAGGCUGGAAGUUGUUUGGUCGAAUCCCACCCAAAGAGUCGGAGAAGAAAGAUGCAAACCAAGUUUUGGAAGAUUAUCAGGCCAAACAGAAAACAAACACCACAGAAAACUAUGGCCGAACCAAAAAGCAAGACAUCGAGGUUCUUUCCACAACUGCCUUAAUUCUUGAAAACCGCCCAAUGAACCUUCCCUCCAAGUCACCAGAGGAGGAGCUGAGGCACAGACAGGAGUAUGAAGCCAUGGUCGAAGCUGCCAAAAAGAAAGAACUCAAAGAGUUGCGACAGAAGAAGAAACAACUACAACAGCAGCUAAAACAGGAGGACCAAAGGGUGGCCUGUGCAAAGUUCUGGAGCCAUGAAGUCCUUCCUAACUGGGAAAAUAUGCAUAACAAUAAGAAGACGCGUGAUCUAUGGUGGUUAGGGUUACCUCCUAAUGUUCGGGGCAAAGUGUGGAAGUUAGCCAUAGGGAAUGACCUCAACAUUACAUCAGAAUUGUAUGAGAUCUGUCUAAGCCGAGCCAAAGACAAAAUGAAUCUAUUUGAUGUGGAGCCAGGAGAGCCCAGCGGACCAUCAGAGAGUUCGUCUGAACCUCCGUCCAGUAAAGAGGCCAGUGUAGAAUUGAUCAAACUGGAUGUAGCCAGAACAUUCCCACAGCUGUGUAUAUUCCAGAAGGGUGGACCUUACUCUGAACUCCUUCAUAGUCUCCUAGGGGCAUAUGCGUGCUACCGCCCCGAUGUUGGUUAUGUCCAGGGUAUGUCUUUCAUAGCAGCUGUCUUACUUUUGAAUAUGGACGUUGCUGAUGCCUUCAUUUGUUUCGCCAAUUUACUGAACAAACCUUGCCAAGUGGCUUUCUUCAGAAUGGAUGAGAGUUUGAUGAAGUCUUACUUUCAAACAUUUGAAGAAUUUUUCAAGGAGAACAUGCCAAGGUUACAUCAGCAUUUUGUUCAACUCUCUCUGACGCCGGAGGUAUACGUCAUUGACUGGAUGUUCACCCUGUUCAGCAAGUCUCUGCCCCUGGAUGUGGCCUGUCGUGUGUGGGAUGUCUUCUGCAGGGAUGGGGAGGAGUUCCUGUUCAGGACUGCUCUAGGCAUAUUGAAGAUGUAUGAAGACAUACUGUUACAGAUGGACUUCAUCCACUUGGCUCAGUUCAUGACCAAGUUACCAGAGAUGAUCUCUGGAGAGACUCUGUUCAAGUGUAUAGACUGCAUCAAAAUGACAAUUGACAAGAAGAGAUUCACCCAGGUUUUGUCCAGUUUCCGGGAUUCCAAAGAAUCUUGACAACCGUAGAGUGUAAAACUGAAAUAUGUUAAUACCAUGUAUCUGUGAUCUCAGAACUCUGGGUUGUGAUGUCACGAUGACCUGAGCGGGAAGCUGCCAUGUGACGGAGCCGUGCUGACCCACCAAGCCCUGCCCUGCCCACUAGCACCGUCAUAAUUUACUUGGUAACGAUAUGCCUUAAAAGGUGUUCUGGACUUUCGAAUUUUGCCUGGGACAGAUAUCGUAAAGAAAGAUUUACUGUUUGCAGAUCUGCAUUGCAAAAGUGGCGGAUUUGAAGGAAGGAGAGAACUUCAUGCGGGACUUGCAGAAAAUUAUCCAGCCUGGGUGUUGAGCUCAGAUAAGGUAGAGGCCAUACAUUCCAACAGCAUGCUGAAGUGCCCACCCUAGUACAUGUACAUGCAGCUUAUAGCCGGUGUGGUCAGUAACAACUAGUAAUGUUUGAGGACUGCUUAUGGAGACAGGGGUUACAGCGGUUAAGCAAAGACAAGACAGAUGUAAAUGGUGAUCUUUGUCGCUUGGGCUGAAAAAAAAAAUCUUGUUCAAAACAUCAUACGUCUUGUCGAUGUCAUUCUAGUGUGGUUUAUAGUGCUGCUUGACAUGUAACCCUCAGAUAAUAUCCCGUACAGUCCUGUGUAUGUUACACCUCUCCAGAACUAUAGUGUGUAAUAAUGCAGACCAGCUUUUAUCACAGCCUGUAUUUGAAAGGCUUUUCCUGGCUUAGAUCAUAACGUUGAUGAAAUCGCUUACUGUUUUAAACAUAAAAUAGAAUGCAAGAUAAUAUAUACUGUGAUGCAGAAUUGUGGUAAGCCAAUCAAGUGGUGAGAAUUGAAUCUGAUUUAUCACUAUGUUGAAUAUCCAAGUUUCCUCUCUUUAUAUUAAGUGUUCUGUUUUUGUCAUCACGUUGAUUGAUUCUUUUUUUUUUUCUGUUACAUGUACUGUAGCAUGGAAUACAUACAUGUUUACUAUGUCCUCAAUGUUGAUGAGUAUAUCGUUUUGUUAAGUUGUACUUUGUGUGUUAACAUAUCUGGUUGGGUCACAUGUCAGUAUAGCUGUUCAGAGCCCUGUAUAAUAUUGUAUAUAUAGACUAAUAAAGGUCCUUGUAAAUAUGUACAGUGAAUGGCUCCAUUUAUGGCCGCAUGUGGAUCAAAUUUAUAAUCUGUAUUCUAAAAACUUCAUUUGAUUUACAUACAUUCUUACUAUAGAAAGAGAUGGGAUUAUUUUCUCUAAUAUGAAUUUUAUCAGAAACAUUUCCUGGUACAUAUUUUGAUAACUGUUGCCCUGGUAUUUUGCCAGGCUGUUGGUGUGUGUGACGAAUGGCUCAGCUGUGCACAUACUAUGUGUACAUGUGCGAAGCCUCCGAACACCUUCACUUACACAUAAUUGUAUACAUCUCAUCAGACUUGAAGGGACAGACAUAGUCUGAUAGUAAAAACAACCCAAGUAACAAUGUUUUCUGCAGGUACGAUGUUUUGUCUAUUUGCUGUGUACAGUUUUUAUAUUGAACAUUCUGUGCAUGGCGUUUGUAAUUUCCGUAGCAAGACUGACAUUAUUGGAGAUGAAACCUAGUUUGUCUAUGUGAAGCCUUGAUGCUUGCACAACACCAGUCAAGUGUCCAGACCGUGGAAACUGUCCCCCUCAGUCUGUGUUUUUCUCCACAAGAAACCACCCAUUCUUUUACUUAGAUGUGGUCAUGUUAACAUGUUAUCUGUAUCUGACAGCUUAUUGCCUGAUUUGUAAUACUUUGAUGUAGGCCAGUAGCACCUGUAUGGAGUGUACAGGCUAAAUACUUAAUCCGUGCUGUGUUACAGACCUUAAUACAGGUGCCGUGUCUGCCCCUUAAAUGCAUGUUGCCUGCUGAUGCAGCUGCAGUGAUCAAAUUGUCUACUCCUACAGCUGCAGACUUAUUUAUUAUUUUCAGCUACCGGGAUAUGAUAUUCUUCCGUAAUUGACAUUUUGCUAUCUGAUCUAGCCAGAUCUAAAUUGUCAUUUUGUUCUGUGAUGAGUUUCAUGUGUAAUUUGUAGUUUGUUGGGGUUUUUUUUCUAGAAAGAUGCCUUUCUCCAUUGAAGCUAAUUAAAUCUGGUCAAGUCAUACAGAAAAAUUUUAAUGUUACAAUACAUGUAUAUCUGGUAUAUUUUACAUCUGUUUUAUGUAUUGAUUGGGAGCUUAAUUCCCGCAGGGUUCAGUGUUCAUGUUAGUUUGCAGGAUGCAAGAGCUUGUGUAUAGGCUAUUCGAGACAAGUGUAAUUCAUUCUCGGU